UUCAAUCAGCGCUUCAGCAGUCAAUUUAGUAAUUUCAUCUCAUUUAAAUAUUAUAAACGUAAUAAUGGUUUCAUUUAUUCAAGACAAGGACGGUAUUGAUCUUUCCAAAGACCUGAAGGAGGAAAUCAAUUAUACUCGGAUCGUAAAAAGUCUGAAACGCGUGCAGAUGUUUCAGAUCUUGGACGACGAAGUACUGUUGCAUAUCUCGAAGAUCGUUCAGAUUUUGGGUGUGCAGAUCAACUCUGUCAUAAUAACUACUGGACAGAUAUCCCCAUGGCUUCAUAUUUUGGAGAAGGGCCAAUGUCUCAUUUAUUCAACUAUCGCCGAGAAGGGUAAAACCGUAGCUUUGACUAUUGAAUCUGGUGCUUCUUUUCCAGUAAUCGAAUCCAUGUUUCGUUUGCCUUCAUUGAUCUACGUGGAAACGGCUACACACUGCCAAAUAAUGUAUAUUCCCAUUGAUAAAUUGCUGCUGGUUCUAGAAGUACAUCAAUUGAAAUAUCUUUUUGAUCCCGCAAAAUAUGAUUCAAUAAUUAAUUAUAUUAAUCUUCUCGAUUACCAGAUAAAUUGGAAUAGCGUGGACGCUGACGCGAGUUUAAUAUUUCUCAACAAAGCUCGCAUACCUAUAAUCUUAAAAAAAAAGAAGUGUCCACACGAUUUUGGGAAAAUUUCAUUUCUAAGAUACUUAAUGCUAUGGAAAACUAUCAAUCCUCAGAGCAAGCUUUACAUAGGUUGGGAGAUAUCUAGGUGCAUUUUGGCGACCAUCCAACUGGUUAUUAACAGUUACAGUUUGACGAUUUUAUAUGAAUACUCUAAUCUUGUCUUUUUAUGUAAUGUUGUGCUUGAUGUUGCCGGUUAUAUCGAUAUAUAUAUACGGCUACACGUUCAAUACCACAACGAUAAACAAAUAUUAGUGACGCAUCCCUUGUAUACGGCUAAGCACUACCUGACCACUUCUUUUAUCGUCGAUCUAUACGGUGUACUACCAUACCACAUCUUUCAACUUCACCACCUAUUCUUCUCGGACACCUUACUAACUUAUUACUUGCAUAUAAUCAUUACGAGGAGUAUGCAGAUGUGGCGAGUAUUCGGAGGACUUAAUUAUAUGAUGUCCAUCUCGAAGGAUAAAUUGCUGGCUGUCUUGAGAACUGCUAAAAUUAUCGUAAUUUAUUUCAUAUCCGAUAUGUUUUUCGUAAAUUACGUGGUAUCAAAAGUUUGCGUAUUUGAAGAGCAUAGCAUGAAUUGCGCCGACUACAGUUUGUUCAAAGAUACUCCAGAUAAAGGGCACGAUCCCAUUUACAUAAAGUCAACGAUCAGCUAUGUGAUAGUGGCGUUCUUCACUGGAACUUCGACGUUCUUCUUCAAAAAGAUGAACGUCAAACAACUCGGUGAUUAUUACUUUGCCUUGAUGGCGAUGCUAUCGCUGCGCAUUUAUCUCAUGACCUAUUAUAUCGCAAUCCUAGUCGCUGGUCAUUUCAGCGCAGUAGCGAAUAGAAGCCAAGUCAAGAACUUCAUGGAUUUUGCCAAAAAGGAGAACGUUGAUGAUGAUUCAUUUACCGCGGUAGUCAAAGAAUACGAGCAUCGGUGGAAGCAAACCAAUGGUUUAGAUUUCAUAAAAGAGUUGGAAUCAAUACAGUACGAAAUUCGCUACAAACUUUUAGAUUUUCUAUUUGGUUUGCAUAUUGCUGCUGCGCCACUUUUCGUUGGAGCAGAUGAAAGUUUGAUUCGUUUGCUUACAAUGAAUGUUAACAUCGAGUACUUCAUCAGAGGCAGCAUGAUACUGCAAAUGAACGACGUUCAAAAUAAGCUCUAUAUCGUGUACAGAGGUAUAGUCGAAAUCAAUAUCGAUGAUUCGAAUGUACUAGAGGUUCUGGGUCGAGGCAGUAUCUUUGGAAGCUUCGCAAAGCGUGGAUACACCAGACAAACCAUAAACGCAAAGGCCGUAACACAUUGUGAAUUGUUGUACAUUGACGCCGAUGUUUUUAACAGACUCGCCUCAAGAUGUCCAAUUGUUAUGAACCGCAUAAAGCGAAUCCGUUUUCUCAAUCAGGAAUAUGUAAUGGGUGGAUCGUCUGAAGAUGGGAAAUCUGACAGUAACAAGCGUUGGAUGAGCAUGUUCUCAAAAAGAUCAAUCUACGUUAACUGGAGCACGAAAAUCAAUCAAUACUUUAAUCAGGAAUCGAAAUGGAUGAACAAAAUUCAAUACUUGUUCUACAUGCAUUAUACACCUUUGUCGAUUGUUGCAACAACAGUUGUAAUGGUGCACACGAAAUGUGGAAACCUAAGCGUAUUAUGUUUACUGAUCAUCAACUAUGUAAUAGAUAUACCAUUUUGGAUAAGAUUAUGUGCCAAUAUGACGUUACAAUAUACCGAUAAAGACACUGGUCAUGUGAUAGUAGAUCCUUCAAAGAUCAGGCACCGCUACAUGCACUCCUAUUCAUUUAUUUUAGACAUACUUAUAUUAUUCCCAUUCGAGGCGUUCAUUUACAUAUUUUCUGCAGAAUUUGCCUUAAUCGGUCUCAUACCACGCAUUUUUCGUGUUAUACAUUUCUUCAUGUACUACGAUACUUAUAGAUCAACCUUCAACUACGAGACGCAUAUUUGCGUGUUUUUCUACAUUUACUUAAAUCUCACAUACGUGAGCUUUUUCAGUGGAAUAUGGAGCCAGCUGUCAUGCAAUGAUCCUUGUUGCUUCCCGGAGAGGCGCGAAGCUGAGGGAAAGGAUUGCCUCUUAGUUGGUUGGGAAAUGCUCUUUGACGGUUUGAUAUUUUCAGUAAACAAUAUCGCAAGCAGCAAUUUGAAAGUGGAUCCACCAGAUAAUACUUUGAAAACCAUAAUAUGUAUGUUUUCUAAUUUCACUGCACCUUUCGUCGUUGCCAUUAUGUUGUGCUCUAUAACCAACUUAUUCAACGCCUGUUAUUUUAAUCAGAUGCUCUAUUUCCGGACGAUGGAUGAGCUUCUUGUCAACUUAAAGAAACAAGAUUUAUCGCCAUCACUUCUGGACAAAACUGCAAGGUUCUUCACUGUGAUGUGGAAUUGCGCUAGAGGUGAAAAUCUACCUCGUCUAUUGCAAAUAGCAUCUCCCAAUUUAAGAGAACAAGUACUAAUGAAUAUCUAUGGGAAUCACAUUCAGAAUCAUUACCUGUUUGCCGACACCCACAAUGAUUUCAUAAGACAAGUAGUGCGUACAUUGGAAAAGAUCAUUUAUCUUCCAGGGUAUCACAUAGUUCGACAAGGUGACAAUGAUGGAUGUAUGUACAUUGUAAAUUCUGGUGAAGUGGAAAGUAGAUUCUUGAUGAAAAGCGGUGAAAUGAAAACGAUGUAUGUGCUGCACACGGGCAAUUCCUUUGGAGAGGGAUCAGGUUUGUUUAACGUUGCCCAUCAAAAUACUUACGUAUGUCGGACCAUAGUUGAAGUGUUGGUAUUGAAACGAGAAAAGUGGGUUUUCUUGUGGAAAUGGUUUCCGGCUUCAUACGAAAUGAUGCUCAUGAAAGCUAGAGAAUUCCAAAUAGAUGGAUGCUACCAGCAACAGGAAAGCAACGACAAAGUACUUGAUAUCCAAAUGCCAAUGUCGUCAGUAAUGUAACGACAAUCAAACUUAAUUUUUAAAUAGACUGUUGUGUUUAUUGUACAACUUACAAAACGAUAACAAUUACAUGGUUAAUAAUUAAAAUAAUAUUCAAAUGCGGUUAUAAUCACUAAAAAUCAAUGCAUUACAUAUAAUUAUUUGGCGAGAAGAAAUGGCUAAGGAGAUCAUAAAUAUGAUAUUAUGCUUUCGGAGGAAAUAUCUAGAAUAUGUAACAAAUACCGAAAGUUGUAUAAUAUAUAUAUAUAUAAAAAAAAACUUAACUGAGUAAAUUGUAUAAGUAUAAAUUGAAUAUUAUAGACAAAUAUUAUAAAAAGGGUUUAUAGGUACAUAAAUCUAAUGGGAUUCAAAAAGAAAUCGUUUGACAUGUAUUUUCGAUUGAUCACUUCAAUAUUGGUAACGCUUUUUCUUUCAUCGUCAUUUCCAUCCUAUUCCAUCGACAUACACGUUGAUUUUGUUUAUAUAUUAAUCUCGCUAGGUAGAUAUUCCUACCUAAAGAUCUAGAUUGUUCAUCAUUAGUUCUCCUCUACAAGGUAGAGUCUACUUGUCUCGAAAUUUGCGAAACUACAUUCUGGCCUCCUCUCUGGAAUUAAAUCCAGACG